GGAAUCGAAACCCCUACCCUCUUCUCUCUCUCUCUCUCUCUCUCUUCUCUCUCUCUCUCUCCCUCUCGAUCGAUAUUGAUCUCUGGAUCGAACCCUAGAUUUUUGGUUCGUGUCACGUCCGGAUUGAUUGGGAAGUUUUAGAACCUGAGGACUAGGGAGAGGAUGCCAGAAGCCGUCCCGGCGUGCUUCCGUGGCGGCGCCGCGGGAGGGCCGCCGCCGUCGACGGCGGCAGGGCCCAGCCUGACGACCUCGGUCUACGAGACACACCUCGGCCUAGCCGCCCUCAGCUGGUCCCGCACCGUCCUCGGCCUCUCCCUCCGCGCCGUCCUCCGACUGUCCGGCGACGAUGAAGAGGAGGAAGAGGAGGAGGAGCUUCUGCGGUUCCGCAUCCGGCCGUGGCUGCUCUGGAAGCGGCGGGGGACGAGGCGGUUCCACCUCAAGGACCACCCGCGCCAUCGCUGCGUGGACUUCGCUUGGGAUCUCGCGCGUGCGAGCUUCCCUCCGGGAGGCGGCCCAGAGCCCGCCGCAGGGUUCUUCGUUUCCGUUUCCGUCGAUGGCGAGAUGCUCCUAGUCGCUGGGGAUCUCGCCGACGAGGCCUACAAGAAGUCCAAAGCCCAGCGGUCCCAGACGCCCCUGCUCUCCAGCCCGGCUCUGAUCUCGAGGCGGGAGCACGUGGUGUUGGACGACCACGGCGGCCGGAGAUCCUACCUGACGCGGGCCCCUCUCGGCGGCCGGGACCGCGAGAUCUCGAUCGAGCUCGGGGCAAAGGAGAAGGGGAGGGAGGUGGCGAUGUCGGUGGGGAUCGACGGCGAGCGAGUCCUGCAGGUGCGGCGGCUCCGGUGGAAGUUCCGAGGGAGCGAGACGGUGGAGGUCGGUGGCGGCGUUGGUCGGAUCCAGGUUUCGUGGGACCUUCACAACUGGUUCUUCCAGUCCAAGGAUGACGCGACGGCUCCCCCACCCGCCGCCGGAGCGGCAGAGCUGGGGCACGCCGUGUUCGUCCUCCGCUUCGAGGGGGCGGAGGAGCGGAAGCAGCAAGCCGAGGGACAUUCCGGGAAGGGCAUCGGCAAAGAGGAAGGGCACCUCAGGAAUGCCAUGUGCAAAAGUCCUGCGGCGCGGGGGUACAAUGGGAAGAACAGGCACGGUGAUUGGAACGAUACCAGCAGCGGCGGGGUCGACAAGAGGAGGGGGAGGAAGAACAGCUUGAGGAAGACGAGCUCCUCGUCCUCCUCCACCUCAUCGGUGUCGUCGGCGAGCACUUCGACGGUGCUGGAGUGGGCGAGCGCCGAGGAGGUGGAGCUGCAGCGGGCUCACGGCUUCUCGCUGCUGGUGUACGCCUGCAAGAGCUGAUCCAUCCAUCCAUCCAUCAAUCAAUCAAUCAUUGGGUCCAUAAUUAUUUUAUUUCCUUCCCUUUUUUUUCUUAUUUUUCGUGUGCAAUUUGCGGUUUGGGUUUCAUUUUAAAUUUGUUGGCUGAAAUCUCAAACUGUCUCAUCAAUUCUU